AUGAGGUGGACAGGAGAUCGGGAUUCCAUCCCCCCCCCCCCGCUUAAAUGCGAUACCAUCGACGCACUCCCUCGGUUUGGUGGGCCAGAGUAUGGGUUUGAGGAUGAGGGUGAACUAGCCACUCCCUUCGUCGGAGAAUUUCGAGUUGCUUUCCCACUUAUACGCGAUGCCACCGAUGUCCUUCCUCGGAAUGGGAAGCCAGAGCACGGGUUUGAGAGCGAGGGCGAACUAGCCACUCCCCUCGUAAGCAAGUCUGUGCCGAGGCUUUCCGACCGCCUCAGUGGAGUCUUUCGUCGUCGAGGUCACCAAUUUCCAGUUGCUUAUGCGCGAUGCCAUCGAUGUCUUCCCCGGAAUGAGAAGCCAGAGCACGGGUUUGAGAGCGAGGGCGAACUAGCCACUCCCCUCGUAAACAAGUCUGUGCCCAGGCUUCCGACCGCCUCAGUGGAGUCUCUCGUCGUCGCGAUUCCCAGCGCCGGGUCAAGAUCGUCACUCUACCAAGGACCAGACGAUUCGGAUUCAGCGUCACAUGAGGUCGGCACGGAUAACAUGAGACGAGUGCCCGUGCCCCUACUUGUUACAAAUUCCGUCUUUCCCCCGAAGCACGAUACCAUCAACGUGCUCCUGCGGUUCGGAAAGCUAGAGCAUGGGUUUGAGGAUGAGGGUGAAUUAGCCACUCCCUUCGUCAUUAAGUCCGUGUCGAGGUUUUCCAUCCGCCUCAGUGGAGUCUUUCGUCGUCGCGAUCACCAGUGCGGGGUCAAGAUUUCGAGUUGCUUUCCAGCUUAUGGGCGAUACCAUCGACGCAUUCCCUGGGUUAGUAAGCCAGAGUACGGGUUUGAGGAUGAGGGCGACCUAGCCAUUCCCUUCGUCAACGAGUCUGUACCGAGGCUUUCUGACCGCCUCAUUGGAGCCUUUCGUCGCGCAGCGCGGAGUCAAUGUCAUCCUCAGAGUUCCUGCUUCUCUAUCUGUCGCGUCUCACUAAAUGUUCCCUGCAGAUUUCGGGUCGCUUUCCCGCUUAUACGCGAUGCCAUCGGUGUCCUUCCUCGGAAUGGGAAGCCAGAGCACGGGUUUGAGAGCGAGGGCGAACUAGCCACUCCCCUCGUAAGCAAGUCUGUGCCGAGGCUUUCCGACCGCCUCAGUGGAGUCUCUCGUCGUCGCAACCACCAGCGUGGAGUCAAAAGUUCGAGUUACUUCCCCGCUUGUACGCGAUACCAUCGAAGCAUUCCCUCGCAAGCCCGUGCAGAGGUCUUCCGACCGCGUCGCCGGAGCAUUUCAACGUCGCGAUUACCGGCAUCGAGUCAAGGCCGUAUUUCAAUCAAGGUCAACGACGCGGACGAUGUCAACGGCGAUGAUAGGCCAAUGUGGUUCACCGAUCGAGGCUUUCGAGCGCAUCUGGCGUCGAGGAACAUCGGCUAUCGCGUAUUCACCAUAGACAGAUUGAGUCGAAUGCGAGCACCUGAGUACAAGAUGAACAGUAAACCGGAAUUCUGCCUUUCCCGCUUGAACACGACACCAUCGAUGUCCUCCCUCCGGUUUAGAAAGCCAGAGCACGGGUUUGAGGAUGAGGGUGAACUAGCCACUCCAUUCGUCAGCAGGUCCGUAUCGAGGUUUUCCGACCGCAUCGCCAAGGACUUUCGUUGUCGCAGCCAUCAGCACCAAGUCAAGGUCGUCCUCUCUGCCAGGCAACGUUUCGGACUAGAUGACCCGGAUUCAGCGUCGCUUGUGGUUGGCACGGACAUUGAGCCGAGUACCCGCAUUUCUACUUAUUCCAAUCCACUGAUUUUCCUCUACAGGUUUUCACCUUUCCCGCUUAUACGCGACAUCUUCAACGCGCUCCCGCGGUCCGGGAGAUCAGAGUACGGGUUUGAGGAUGAGGGCGAACUGGCCACUCCUCUCAUCAGCAAGCUUGUGCCGAGGUUUUCCGACCGCAUCGCCGGAGCCUUUUGUCGUCCCGAUCACCAGCGCCUGGUCAAAGUCAUUGUCUCUACCAAGGUCAGUGACGCGGACGAUGUCAGCAACGACGAUAAGCUAACUUGGCUCACUAGCCCCAACAACUGGUGCCCUGGUCUGUUGCCUUUCGAAGAUGCCUAUCCCGGAGACGUGAACACAGCUAAGCUAUCCAGCGUUUCAGUUUCUAAGUCUGAGAGACUAGAAGACCCGGAUCCAGCGUCGGCUCUGGUUGAGUCGGAUGCGGGCUUCCGGGUACAAAGUAGGCAGAAACCCGGGAAUCCACCUGUACUGCCUAUAUGCGACACCUUCGACACGCUCCUGCGGUUCGCACAGCUAGAGUAUGGGUUUGAGUAUGAGGGUGAACUGGCCACUCUCCUCGUCAAUUUUGGACCGCAUCGCCGGAGCCUUUCGUUGGUUAUCCUCCCUACCAAGGUCAACGAUGCGACUGAUGUCAACUGCGACGAUAGGUUAAUGUGGUUCACUAGCUCUGACAACUGA